UCUCGCACAAACACCACGCUCUCUCCAAGCUCUCGCUCCUCCACUCGCACUACCACCAUCUCUCUCUAAAAAGUCGCGAUCAAACCCCCUCUCUAGUCUCUCCUCUAAAAGCACCACCUCUCGAACCAGUCGCCAUUAGCGCUCUCCCUCUCUCCCUCUACUUUCUCUCUCUAAAACGGCUGCUUCUGUUCACACUCUCUGUCUACUUCACCAACGCAUAUCCAGUUCUUCUUAGUUUUCUGUUGAUUGUUAUUAGACAGUUUUGGUUGAUUAGGGUUUAUGGUGAUUGAAUGGUGUUGUUGAAAACUCGGAAUCGUCUAUGAGGAGAACUCAAUCGCAUUCAACUUCAUUUUCUCUCUCUACAUUUGAUUUCUCUCUCUGAAAGUGUUUGCAGAGAGGGAGAUAAGGGAGUGUUCGAUUUCGUUCACUCAAAUCUCACUGUUCGAGUUCGAUUUUCGGAAUGGAGAAGAAACAAGGCUUUUUCUCGGCUCUGAAGGAGGAGGUAGUUCGGGGAUUAUCGCCGGCGAGGUUACGCGGUAAUAGUCCGGCGAGGUCACGGUCGCCGAUGGCGGCGUUACUUGGUCGGAGGAAGAACCGCCAGCUGACGAGUCCUGAGGCGUUGAUCGCGAGAUCCGGAAGCUUGAGGCCUGUAGGGGAGGUUUUGGCCCCUCUGAUGGAGGGUCCGGAUCCGGACGGAGGCGAAGUCGGGGAUUCGAAGCGGGUUGGCUCGGGCUUAGGGCAGUGGGUGAAGGGACAGCUGUCUAGGACUCCGUCGGUGGCUUCGAAUGCUUGCAAGCGAUCUGAUAUGAGGCUUUUGCUGGCUGUGAUGGGUGCUCCACUCGCCCCGGUGCACGUUAGCACCAAUGACCCUCUGCCUCACCUAAGCAUUAAGGACACUCCCAUUGAAACUUCAUCUGCGCAAUACAUCUUGCAGCAAUACACUGCGGCAUCUGGAGGGCAAAAAGUGCAGAACUCUAUUCGCAACGCUUACGCCAUGGGAAAGGUGAGGAUGGUAGCUUCCGAGAUUGAAACUGCCGCAGGGGUAGUGAAGAAUCGGACUGCUGCAAGAGCUGCUGAAUCUGGUGGAUUUGUGCUCUGGCGGAUGAAUCCAGACAUGUGGUACUUGGAGCUUGCCGUGGGGGGAAGCAAGGUUCAUGCAGGCUGCAAUGGCAAGCUUGUCUGGAGGCACACGCCAUGGCUCGGUGCCCAUGCUGCUAAAGGACCUGUUAGACCUUUAAGACGUGCCCUUCAGGGUCUUGACCCAAGAGCCACUGCCAGUAUGUUUACGGAUGCUAGGUGUAUUGGAGAGAAGAAUAUCAAUGGUGAAGAUUGCUUCAUUCUCAAACUCUGUGCUGAUCCUCAGACCUUGAAGGCAAGGAGUGAAGGCCCCGCGGAGAUCAUAAGACAUGCUUUGUUUGGCUACUUCAGCCAGAAGACUGGACUUCUUGUUCACAUGGAGGAUUCCCAUUUGACUCGUAUUCAAUCCAAUGGUGGUGAUGCAGUUUAUUGGGAGACGACUAUCAAUUCAUUCCUUGAAGAUUACAGGCCUGUUGAAGGACUCAUGAUUGCUCACUCUGGGCAUUCCGUGGUGACCCUUUUUAGGUUCGGAGAGAGAGCAAUGAGCCAUUCCAAAACAAGGAUGGAAGAAGCUUGGACAAUCGAAGAGGUUGCCUUCAACGUACCUGGCCUCUCAUUAGAUUGUUUCAUUCCCCCAGCUGACUUAAGAUCUGGGUCCAUCAGUGAAGCCUGUGAACUCCCUCAAGAUGAAAGGGUAAAGAGCGCGAUUGCCCUUGCAUCCCAUCGGGCCAAGGUGGCAGCACUCGAGAAGGAAGAUGACAGUAGCAACAAUAACAGGGUUUGGAAGUUGGAAGUCUAACAAAGGUUGGGAUAAAAUUAAGUCAACUGUUCAUAGACUAGGUAGUUUUAAUGGACUAACACGACGUUAUAGAAGUUACAAUGUUGGAGCCAUUGACGAAUUUUAGGACUUAGGUUGUGCUUCUACUAAUCUGUAAAUAGAGUAUAAUCAUUCACUGGUCCUACCUGGACCUUGAUAAAUAUUUAUACUCUCAACGCCGAGUCCAACUACGGAGUUGGAGCUCAUUUUUCCCAAUGACGGGGGCAAAUGGAGGUUUGUUUUUAUUUUACCUUCCAUGCAUGGAGGAAAGUGGCGAAGCUUCGCCAUUGAUCUUUUUAUGUGAUUCGACUGAUUAUCUUGCCUAGAUGUAGUGGUGCCAAGAACACGCUGUUACAUGGGUUUGACAUGACCGUCUUGGUUAUCUGAUUCUACUAUGUUUUGGUGGUGGUUUUAGUUUUGGUGUGGUUUUUUAAUUGAUGUUAUGGUUUUUCUGGAUCUGGCAAGGAGAAAGGGAUUCCUCUAGAUCUGAUGCAACCGGGCAGAGUAAGAGAGAAGAUAAAACACUCUUUGGUCCCUUUUUACUUUAACCCUAAUGUGUUUUGAUAUGUUUUUUCUUUUUUCUGAUGUUAUUGUGGCACUUUGUCAGUUUUGCUGAGAAAAAGAUGUAGUGAACAGAACAUUGUGUCGCUCAGAUAUUGAAUGCUUAUGAAUAAAAGAGAUGAGCAUCUUCCUUAA